AUGAGAGGCAGAGUGCCCGGCGAGAAGCCGCGCUCACGUGUGGGUGGUGGCGUCGCCUUAGCGGGGGACCUGCCGGCGCUCCAGUACUUCCCCAUCUCGCCGCACCUGACGCGCAUCCGCGUGCGCCGGAACCCCGCGCGGCCCCUGCAGGAGAUCACCUGCUACCCCGUCACCGUGCACCACGACAACCCGCCGCCCCUCUUCUCCGCCUACAAGCGCACCGCGCCCUCCUCCGUCUGCGUGGGCGCCGCCACCGCGACGAGGGCGACGGCCGCCGCUGCCGAGGCCGCAGCGCAGCCGCCGUCGCCGGCGCCGCCCAGCGCCGCCCCCGCGGCCGCCGCGCCGCCGCCCCUGCCUCCGCAGCGGCUGUCGUCGCGCCACAACUCGACGCUGCGCAUGUGGUCGCGCAUGCAGCUGCCCGCCAGCCCGGAGGCGGCCAGGAGGCGGCAGCAGGCGUCGCGGCACGCCAACGUCACGUUCCUGCGCGAGCGCAUCACCAGCAAGCUGGGCGCCGCCCCCGCCGCCGCCGCCCCCAAGGCGCGGUCGCGGCCGCAGUCAGCCUCCCCGGAGCCGGCGCGCGCCAAGGCGACGAGGAGGGCGGCGCCGCCCACGCGCCUCAGCCGCUCGCCCGACCUGGCGUCGCCCGCGGAGGUGCGCAAGGCGCUGCAGGCCGCACCGGCCGUCCGAGAGAGACCGGGCUCCAGGCUGCUGCCCCCAGGAACAGUGGUUCGCAGUUCGACAGCAGUGUUCGCGUCGGCUCGCAAUACCGGACGGCCCUCAGACGACAAGUCCUUACGUGUCACAGUGGCCAUGUCCGCACGAGGGCGUGAGCUUCUGCGCUCGUCCUCCAGCACCGCGGUGCCGUCCACUUCCAAGUCCCCUUCUCCGGCACCCUCCACACCUCGCCGCCCCAGCGUCUCCCCGGUGGGCCGCGGCACCUCCCUCUCGCCGUCUCCGGGACCCCUGCACAGGUCCCGCUCCAGGAUAAUAUCCGUGGUGGGUGCCCCGCCGUCCAGCCUCGCCCGCCGCAAGGACUCGGUCUCCCCGGCGCCCCAGAGGACCGCCUCGAGGACUUCGCUGGCACUGCGAGACGAAGGGAAAGCGCGGCCCAAGAAAGUGGAGAAGCCGGGGUCCGACUCCGUGAAGAAGAAGGUGAAAGCGCCGGGCAAGAGCAGCCCGCCCUCGUCCGUCUCCAAGCUGGAAACGGGGAAGGUGCACGGGAGCACCACUUCGGUGCGGUCCGCCGCCAGGACCGCCCCCGAAGCGAAGAAGAAGUCCAAGCAGGAGAGGCCGCCCGGGAGGAAGAAGAAGUCGCCACCGAGCUCUUCAGAUGAGCGCAAGAGCCGCAAGGAGUUGUCGGUGGCGUCCAGGUCGGCGACAGUGGCGGACCUGAGCGCGCUCGACGACGAGCCGGCGUCGCAGUUCGGCGGCAGCGACGAGGAGGCGUCGGUUUCGGCGCCGGGCCGGUCGGACACGUUCUUCCGGCACCUGCUGCUGCGCGACGCGCCGUCGCCCGCGCCGUCGGCGGGCAGCGCGCAGCGCGCGCACUCGUCGGUGCUGGAGCGCGCGCGCCUCUUCUGCGAGCGCGCGGCGCGCGGUCCCCGCCGCCAGGCUGCUCCGCGCGCGGAGCCGUCGCUGGGCCUGCUCAGCGUCUACCUGUCGCAGCGCCGCCCCGUCACCGAGUCCAAGUUCCGCAGCCUGGACCGCGAGCUCAGCGCUGCCUCGCGCUCCGCAAGCCCGUCGCCGCAGCGCGCGCCCGGGAAGCCCUUCUGUUACUUCCCGCGCAUCGCAGCUGCCUCUGCAGCCGGCACUGGCGUCGUCAGCGAGAGGCGCGCCAUGUUCGGCUCGCUGGCUUCUUCGCGCGGAGUCAGCCCAGAUGUUGCUGCCGAGUUGAAGGAGAGGAGGAGCAAGAGCGAGCCGCCGCCCGCCACCAGCUCGUCGACGGCCAGCUGGGUGUCGGUAGCGGCCAGGUCCCCGCCGGCGCCGGCGUCGCCCACGCGCUCCCCGUCGAGCCGCAGGAUCCGCAGCGCCAAGGCGCCGGGCCCGCCGCCUGUGGUGGAGGGCCCCACCGGGCCCAGCUCCGCGUCGCUGGCCGACUACCCGGCCUACGUGGCCGAGCUGCUGCACUCGUCGCAGCGGUCGGCGCGCUUCCGCGAGCUGCGCAGCUUCUACUGCAGCCUGGAGCGGCUGGGCCAGCUGGAGCGCGCCACGUCGGCGGGCGACGUGCGCGCGCACGCUCGGCUGCCGGCCGGCUCGCUCGUCGUCGACGUGGAGCGCUGGCGGCGGCUGCGCGCGGCAGAGCGCGCCGACGAGGAGCUGCGCCGCCUGCGCAGCAGCCUGCGCGCCGCGCAGCGCGACCGCGGCCUGCUGUUCGCCGCCGCCGACGCGGAGCGCCUGCGCUGGCGGCCCGACCGCGGCCUGCGCUGCAAGGAGCGCUCCGUCGACGACCUGCGCCACGCCGUGCUCGAGGCCGGCGAGUCGCCGCGGCCGCCGUCGGCGGCGCGCCGGCGCGAGCUCGAGCUGGCGCGCGACGUGUACAAGCCGCUGUGGCGCGGCGCCUCCGUGCUCCACCUGGCGGGCAGCCUCAGCUCGGUGGCCGGCUCGCACCGCGGCCGCGCCGUCGUCGACGCCCGACACUGCGGCGCCGCCGGCUCGCGGUCCCCGCCGCCCGCUCUCGGCCGCCGCCACUACGAGGGCAUCGGCAGCCGCCUCUGGAGCAGCCUCUCCGUGGAGCAGGUGGCCGCGCUCAAGACGCAGCUCACGGAGAUCUACGGCGGCGACGAACCCGCGGCCGCUUCCCCUACGAGGCGCCAGCGCCUGCAGGUACGCCGCAACUCGGCCAUCGGGCAGGAGCAGCUGAUGGACCCCGUGCUGCGCCAGAGGAGCGAGGCGCGCCGCGGCAAGUCGGAGUCGCUGGCGGCGCUGCCGUCGCUGUCGGAGGCGGAGAAGCGCCGGCUGUCGCUGAGCCUGAGCCGCGAGGCGGCCGACCGGCGCCGCGGCGCGCGCUCCCCCAGCCCCACCGACGCCACGUCGCCGCGCACCUGCUACUCGCUGGACGUGUCCGCCGCCGAGGAAGAGGCCGGCGGCGGCCGCGCCAAGAACGGCGACUUCCUGCUGGUGCUGGCGCCGCGCGGCCAGCAGCGCGCCACCGAGGCGGAGGCGGAGGCGGAGGCGGAGACCGGGAGCGCCAGCUCGGAGGCGUCGGCGCGCACCGUCAUCCACGUGCCGGACAGGGACAAGGGCAGAGGCGAGGCGAGGCUGGACGCGGAGACGGCGGCGGCGCGCUCCGCGGCGCGCAGGCGGGACGCUAGGGCGGUGACGCGCCACGAGCCGGAGGCGGAGGAGCGCGCGUCGCCGUGGGGCGGCGCCGGCCUGCCGCCGGAGCCGCCGCCCAGCCGCAGCGUCAGCGAGGAGCGGCCGCGCCAGCCGCAGCGCGAGGAGGAGGCGGCGUCGCGCAAGAGGGCGCGCAGCGCGCCGCCGGCGGCCGACGCGGGAACCGAGGACGGGGACGCUGCGCCUGCUCGCCACCUCGACGGCGGCGACGCGGCCGCCAGGGGGUUCCCCUCGCAGUCCUGCGCCGACCUGCGCGAGCUGUUCGGCGAGACUCGGCGCUUCACGGCGCCGCCCGUGCGCCCGGAUCACUGCCGCCGCUGGCUACAGAUAUGCCAGAUUCCAAAGCACUUCGACCCAGUAGACAUCAAACACUUACUGGCGUAUAUUUCAGCUGCACCAGGAAGGCAGCAGUGUUUUCAUGACUUUAUUGUUAAUUACAGGAGAAUGGUCGGCGGCAAGGCGAAGUUCGGCGGUUGCGGGAGCGCUUCGAGUGUCGCCAGAGCGCCGAGGGCGGCGGCGGCGGGGCGCCGGUGGGGCGGCGCUGGAGCAGCGACCCCGAGCUAG